AUGGCGGUGCGGAAACAGGAGGGCAGAGGAUGGCGAGCGGCGAGGGCUGUGGGGCGGAGGCCGGCCGGCCGGCAGCAAGCGCUUUCGGCGCGGCAGGAAGGGGAAAAAUCAGGAUCGAGUCCUAGCCUUCGUGAGGAUUCGCGACGUUCCAGGGCGAGAGACAAAACGCUGGAAACACCAGCAGUUGAUUUGCCUGCUUUUCUACCGCCCGAUCAAAAUCCAAGGGCUGAGAAAAAAGAUCGACGUGGCCCAAUGGGAGGCCUGAGCUUGGCCCUCAUUUCGUCUUAUAGAGAUAAGAAGGCUCAAGAAAGCUGUUCUAUUUCACUCUACUCCACCUGGAAAGCUGGUGCUGUAAUUUACAUUUUUUAUGUCAAAAGUGUUGGUUUCCUUGUCCUCUUAGAUCUUUCAUUGGCAAAUGGAAUGUCUUUGUCUGUAACUGUAAAACCUGCACCCUUUUCAGGUGACAAUAUGGAUUACGACCCUAGCUGCACCUCUCCAAACCCCUACGGUGGCGGUGGUGGAAGCAUCCAUCUGGUGUGCCAGGAAUGCCUCAACGGGGACAACUACAACACCGACGAUGCUGAUGACGGCUUCUUCACAUGCCGUAGAUGCUUUGCCAGGCACCCCAUGCAGGCAACUGCUGCUGACCCCCAUGACUUCCCCACCACUGGCAACAUCUAUGUCCGCCGCGUCGCCACUCAGCCCACCCCCAAGCUUGGCACCCGCACCCCUGCAUCUUACACAAGGACCCCUCAGGCUGUCGCUGUGUUCAACGACUUUGUGGAGCCGAGCAAGCCACGGGACUUCGCGCCCAGCGGCAGCGUGUGGGGGGAACCCAAGGAUUUGGCGGCGCAGGUCCGCUUGUGCUAUGUGCAGGGCCUCCAGGUCAUCCUGCAGCGGCAGCUGGAGGCGCUGGUGGAGCAGCACCGGGUAGCUGCACUUGUGUGUGCUGUCGCUGGCCCUGUCUGGGUGCGGUGGGUCGCUGCAUCCAAGGUGUGUGAUGAAACGUGGGUGCGCCAGGCGCUUGCGGACCAUGAGGCCACGGGGAAGGAGAAAUGUUCUGGUGGUGGAGAUAUCAAGAAACCUGGCGAGGUGAAGUAUGAAUGGGACGAUGAUAUCUUGCCACAACAAAAGGACAGGUGCAAGGUGGAGUUUGCCUUUUUGCACUCAUUGAGGAUGAUGCUGCCGCUUUACUCAACAUUGGCCAUUUGUUUCUUGGCCUGUCAUAUUGCUCGUGAAGCCAUCAUGCCAAGCGACAUUUACAGGUGGGCAAUGGAGGGCAAUGUCCCUUAUUUGGCUGCAUUUACUGAAGUUGACACGUUCCUUGGGAGCUCUUUGCAAGACUGCCCUUUUGAUGCAAGGCAGCUGUUCAGGCCAGUGCGAGUUAUUGGAGCAUGGCAACUGGAAGCUGCAGCUGGAUCCAUAGCACAAAAAGUAGGCUUGGAUCUUCCUCCAGUUAACUUCUAUGCAAUUGCUCAACGUUGCUUGAAGGACUUGUCGCUGCCUAUAGAUAGAAUCCUCCCCCAUGCAUGCCAAAUUUAUGAGUGGGCAAUGCCUGCAGAACUAUGGUUGUCCAGUAAUCCUUCUAGAAUCCCUACGCUGGUUUGUGUGAUGGCUAUCCUAAUUGUGUCUCUACGAGUUAUGUAUAACAUCAAUGGUCAAGGGAUAUGGGAGAAGAUUUGCGAGGAAGGAAGAAACACAAUUGGAUCUUAUCAUGAUGCAAAUUCACCAACUUUCAGGAAGCAUGAGGCCAACUACUCGAGUGAUCUCCACUCUUAUCUCAAAUACUGCAAGGAAGUAAUUUUUGCUGGGUUUACAUGUUCAGAUGAAGAGAAGCAUCUAACAGAGAUCUUUUGGGAUAUGUACAAAGCUAGAGAGGAUGAGAAUCCAAAAGGUCAUGUAAAAUCCCAAACUCAUUGUAUUGAAGAAAUGACAAUUACAAAUGGAGUGAAGAAGCGCUACUGA